ACCCUUUUUACUCUUCUUCGGGGAGCAGAAAUGGACUUCCCUCCGCCGCCGAUCGAGGAUGGUUUCACGGCGGAGAAGCUCUUCAACCAGGGAUUCUCUUACACUUACAACGACGUCAUCUUCCUCCCUCACUACAUCGACUUCGCCGCCGACGCCGUCGACCUCUCCACCCACCUCACGCGCCACCUCCCUCUCUCCCUCCCCCUCGUCGCAUCCCCCAUGGACACCAUCUCCGAAUCCGCCAUGGCCGCCGCCAUGGCCUCCCUCGGCGGCAUCGCCAUCGUCCACUCCAACACCUCUCCCUCCUCCCAAGCCUCCUUCCUUCGCGCCGCCAAGUCUCGCCGUGUCCCCAUUCUCUCCGACCCCGUCUUCUGCUCCCCCUCCGCCGUCAUUGAGCACGACGACGACUUUGCUGGCUCCCCCUUCUUCCUGGUCACCGACACGGGCAACGCCAAGGGGAAGCUUCUUGGCUUCGUCGCAAAGCGCGAUUGGACAAAUCAAAACGAGAACAGCAUGAAAGUUAGGGAUUACAUGUCGGCACCUCCGGGCACGGUGCCGUGGAACGCGGACAUGGCACAACUUAGGGAAGUGAUUGAAAAGGAAAAGAGAGAUGGUGUGGUGCUGGUGAGGGAUGAUGAGGUGGUGGAUUUGGUGACGAAGGAGGAGGUGGAGAGGUUGAGGGGGUAUCCGAAGUUGGCGACGGCGGGGUCGGUGGGGCCGGACGGGGAGUGGAUGGUGGGGGCGGCGAUAGGAACGAGAGAGGAAGAUAAGGAGAGGUUGGAGCAUUUGGUGAAGAGUGGGGUGAAUGUUGUGGUGUUGGAUAGUUCUCAGGGGAAUUCAAUUUAUCAGUUGGAGAUGAUAAAGUAUGUGAAAAAGGUGUACCCUGAGCUUGAUGUGAUUGGAGGGAAUGUUGUUACUGCGUAUCAGGCUGAUAAUCUGAUUCAGGCUGGUGUAGAUGGGUUGAGGGUUGGUAUGGGUUCUGGUUCUAUUUGUACCACCCAGGAAGUUUGUGCUGUUGGGCGUGGUCAGGCAACCGCUGUUUACAAGGUCUCAUCCAUUGCUUAUAAAAGUGGUGUUCCUGUGAUUGCUGAUGGUGGCAUUUCAAACUCCGGUCACAUUGUUAAGGCUUUGUCAUUGGGAGCAUCCACUGUUAUGAUGGGAAGUUUCUUGGCUGGUAGCAUGGAGGCUCCUGGUGCUUAUGAAUAUCAGAAUGGUCAACGUGUCAAAAAGUAUAGAGGAAUGGGCUCCCUAGAAGCUAUGACUAAAGGGAGUGAUGCAAGGUAUUUGGGUGAUACAGCAAAGCUAAAAAUUGCUCAGGGUGUUGUUGGAGCCGUUAAAGAUAAGGGUUCUGUCUUGAAUUUCUUACCCUACACCUUGCAAGCAGUGAGGCAAGGGUUUCAAGAUAUUGGCGCCUCAUCACUGCAAUCUGCUCAUGACCUUCUAAGAUCCAGGGUGUUACGAUUAGAGGUCCGGAGUGGAGCAGCACAGAUUGAAGGUGGAGUCCAUGGGUUGGUUUCCUAUGAAAAGAAAUACUAUUGAAGUACGAAACCAUCCACAAUGAUAAGCUACACUAUAGCGUAAAAGAAGGAAACAUGCCGUUAUUGGGUUGGUUGCAACUUGCUGCGACUAUGUUCAGCGAAAUAGCAGUUUAUGUCAACAUAACAUAGUGGGACAAAACAAUUUCCGAGGCUAUGAAGGAAGAGACCCCUGUGAUUACGGGAUCCGGAUCCCCUCAUUUUCUGGCACAAACAUGAGGAUCAUGGUGCUGUAUUUUUGUAUUUUAUUUUUUACUUAAGCGAAAAUGCAAAAAUUCAUAAGCUAAGAGUCAUGUAUCAGGAGAGAAUCCUUUUCCAUUUUUCAGUAUUAUCCAUUAGAUUUUUUGUUCUGUCAAAUUUGUCGGACUUUCCUAACUAUAUUUCAAGUGGUUUUCUACCCUAUGUAGUUAAUGUAUUUGUAAGCUUUUAUGCGGCUAAAACUUUUGGGAGGGAACAAUAUAAUGUACCUUGUAAGUGAGAAAGAGAGAGAAAAGUAAGUUUGGUGUUACUGGAACAGUGAUAGACUGAAUCUUGCUUAUUUCAAGAGUUUUCUGAUUCUCUUGUAU